AUGGGGCCCGGACGACGCGGCGCGGGGGCGGGGCGGUCGGCGCUGGUGACCGGCGCCAACUCUGGCAUCGGCGCCGCCAUCACCCGCCGCCUGCUGGCGUUGGGCCUCACCGUCGCCGCCCUCGACCGACAGGUGGAGCAGCUGCAGAUCCUGGCGCUGGGGCGCGUGGGCGCGGGCGGGGCGGGGCGCCUCCGCCCCCUGCAGUGCGACCUGCAUGCGGAGCAGGAGGCGCUGGCGGCGGUGGAGUGGGCGGAGCGCGAGCUGCCGGGCGGGCCCAGUCUGCUCGUCGUCCCAGAGAAAAACGGGGCCUGGCUGGUGAGCCCGGGGCUGACGCGCACGCGGCUGCUGCUGGAGGCCGCGGGGGCCAGUGCGCAUGCGCGAGCCUUCGGCGGCGGCGCCCCCGCCCUCGCGCCGCACGACGUGGCGGCCGCCCUCGACCUCGUGCUGGCGCAGCCCCCGUCCGUCCAGGAGCGAAAACGCUGCUGUGGAGUGUGUAGAAAACGGGGUCCUGAAGCAGAAAAAUUGAUUGACCUGAAAGGGCGCACAUGA